AUGUCCUUCUUUGACUUGAAAAUAGCAGCGAUUUACAUAUUCCAGAUAGUCCUUGGAACCCUGGGUAAUCUUUCCCUCCUAAUUCAUUACAUCUGCCUACACUGCCGUGGAGACAGGGAACAGUCCACAGACUUGAUUCUCAGACACCUGACUGUAGCUAAUUUCUUGGUCAUUCUCUCUAUUGGAAUCCCCCAGACUAUGGCAGCUUUUGGGUUGAACGAUUUCCUCAAGGAUUUUGAAUGCAAUCUUGUUCUCUAUGUUCACAGAGUGGCCAGAGGUGUGUCCAUUAGCAGCACCUGCCUAUUGAAUGUCUUCCAGGCCAUCACCAUCAGCCCCAGAGAUCUCAGGUGUGCAAACCUUAAGCUAACAGUCCCAAAAUACAUUGGUCCUUCUACUCUCCUCUUCUGGGCACUGCAUAUGCUGAUCAAUGUCAUUUUUCCUAUUUAUGGUUCUAGCAAAAGGAACAAUAAAACCACCUCAAAUCAAAAUAAAUUGGGAUACUGUUCUCUUUCACUUAAUGACAAUAUUAAAUUUUCACUCUUUACGGCAUUGAUAUCCUCUCAUGAUGUUGUGUGUUUGGGACUCAUGUCCUGGGCCAGCGGCUCCAUGGUUUUCAUCCUGUACAGACACAAACAGCGGGUCAGACACAUUUACAGGAGCCAUGUCUCCCAUAGGUCCUCCCCUGAGACCAAAGCUUCCCAGAGCAUCCUUGUCCUGGUGAGCACUUUUGUGCUUUGUUAUGCUCUCUCCUCUAUUACUUAUACUUAUUUGGCUUUUUUUGGUAAUCCUAGUUUGUGGCUGUUGAAUGCAUCUCCAUUCAUCACUAGGUGUUUCCCAACGAUCAGUCCCUUUAUUUUCAUAAGCAGUGACCCACGAAAUCUGAAGAACACUUUUGGGCCAGUCUCAUUGCUGGAAAAGUGA